ACCACUGUAACGGUGGACUGGGGCUUGGUCGAAGUUUUCAGAUGCAUCUGUAGAUGAAUCAUAACAGCAUCAAGAUGUCGGGACGAUCAGGCCGUGCUGAGACUCGAAGUCGGGCUAAAGAUGAUAUUAAAAAGGUCCUGGCAGCCAUCGAGAAAGUGCGCAAAUGGGAGAAGAAAUGGGUGACAGUUGGAGACACAUCUUUACGCAUAUUCAAGUGGGUGCCAGUAACAGAAACAAAGCAGAUAUAUCGCACCAAAUCCACAGGUGGAGAUAGAGGACUAAAAGAUGUGGUCCUGGAAAACACAAACUCUUUACUGGAUUUCACUGAUGAAAACAGCAACCAGAGCUUUCUGUCAGAUGUUUAUCAGCCUAAAAUGGAUAACAGCAGCAGCACUUCAAGCUCGCAGCAGGUCAGCCCUCCACACACCUCCAGCCUCCGUACUGAAGACUCUCAGCCACCAAUGCUGGGCCAGGAGAGUGUGGACGAACCAGUUCAUUCAGGACAGGAGGGGGCUGAUGAGCCUCCCACUCUCAUCAAGGAGGACCUUCUUUCAUCAGGAGCUGUCAGACGGAGCACCCCAGACACACAGGAGGAAUUGGCUGAAUCAGGAGCACCCCCUUUAAAGAAGAUUUGCACAGGAGAAAAUGCUGCUCUGAGAUAGCUCAUUUAUAUUAUAUUUUGUCAAAAUGCACACGAUACCUGUCCUCAGUUGGAUUAGCUAAACUUUCAAAAUGAUUCCAAGAUUCUCUUGACAUAUUUUGGCAAAUUUUACAUUUCAACAAAUGAGAAAAAAGUUUUUACAUCAAAAUCCUUGUUCACUUUUAAAAGGUCCUUAAAGUACGCUGUUUUAAUUGAUUUCUAAAAUGAAUGAAGAGGAUUUUCCAAACUUUGUGUGGCAAGUCACUGUUAUUGCAGGCAGUGUGUAUUUCAAUUCACAUGCUGUAAAUGUUUUUUUCGGCAACGAACUGUUUCGGAUUUACUUAUGCAGUUGAACUUUAUGUUUGCAUGUUUCCAUAUCCUAUUGCUUUAUUUUUUAGGUUUACAGGCCAUUUUAAAAAAGUGUUAAAUGUGUAACUUUAUGCAGAUUGAUUUUUAGAUGUGCCAUUAUAUUUUAAAUAGGAGGCUCUUUCUGGAACAGAUCUUCUUUUGGCUUAUCACAUGCAAGACAAAUGGGUUUUUUUGUUUUCUUUUUAAAUAUUUAUAAUAUAAUUUCCCCAUGAUUUUAACUGGCAACGUUGUAAACCAUAAUAAAUGCUACUUUC